ACCAAUCAACCCUUCUUGCCCCAUAGUUAUAGCGGCAGGAUGUGUUGGAAACGACUGUGGCUGGCUUCAGGGCCUUUCCGAUUGGAUCUCGCUGUGGCAUCUGUGUAACCCUCCAAAAACUGACCAUACUGAUCGAUUGCCUUACAGCCUCCGGAAAGGGCAUAUUCUGCGAGACGAACUGGUUCGCAAAAGAAAGGAAGAGGCUGGGCCGUGUCGGGGUCAGAGCCAUGCCCCUCCAAAUCUGACCACUUUGAGCGAUUUGUCCAUUUUAUGCUACAUAUAAGUAUUUGUCCCACGAUGAAGACUCCGCCUAAUACCACAACACGAUCGCAGAAGCUCAAUUUGGCACCCGAGCCUUUGUUUGAUGGUCCCCUCUCCUUCCCCAGAAACAAAAUGGCGAAGCUCAGUUCCAAGGAGUUAACAAAGAGCGCUCACGCGAGCGAGGACAUCACUCAACCUCUCGACAAGCAGGUUGAGGGCAAGCAAAUUCACGACUCCGACGAUUCAAGCCUGAGUAGUAUCAUGUCGACGCAAUUCACCUCCGAGAAAGAAAGGCUUUCGCACCAGCCUCAGCAAGCAAAUCAAGACAACACUGAAUCGCAGUUGCUUCCCAACGAUCCAUCUGAUGAAGAGUUAUUCCGUACAUUCUGCCAGAAAUGGAAUGAUCGUCAUAUUUUUCUACCGAAGGUCUUCGAUAAGCAAGGUCGUUUGCUUGUAGCAUGUACUCAUUUACAACCCAAGAUUGACGCUGCCAAAAAACAGCGGAAACGCCAGGCCGCGGCGAACAAGCAGCUGGCUCGCUCACUGUUGGAAGCUCCGAUCGGGGUCCCAGCCAGUUUUAAUGUCCAAGCAGCAUCGCAGGCAAACAUCGAGCCCAUGAUACAGAUGAGUACUGAAGAGCCUCGAAUGUUAUCUCAACCUGGUGUCCACCCGGCCGAGACCCUGGCUCUUCACGGCUCUCCAUUUCAAGCCAGCAAAGGCUUGCCACCAAUUGGGACAUUGUCAACUCCGAGCACGAAGAAGAUUUCCGAUUUGAAGGCCUAUGGCCGAGGUCGUAAACAGACCUCCGAAACACACCCAAAGAAAGCACAAGACGGCGCAGGAUAUAACCGCACCGGACGGAGCCUACGAUCUGGUCUGCCUUCAAGACCAUCCGAAUAUCAGGAAGCCUUCCAAUCUUUACCGACAAGCAACCUCACAGCAGACCGGCGCAAUGGCCAGCAACUUCUACCCCCCGUUUCAAAGGAGCUAUCUUUUCUACCAGGCACUUCGUCUUCAACCUCGCCCGAGGAAAAUAACGGAGCACAAAUCCAGAUAUCUACCCCACCACAACCAUCCCAAACAGAAUGCCUGCUCCCAUCUCCAUCUGUUCGCGAACAAGCGGCGGCUGCGCGAGGUGUCCAAGACAAGAUCCAGCAGCAACGGUCCCAGAGUUCCCAGUUGUGCAGCACCUGUCGCAAGAACAGUUGUUCCUGCACACCAACCCAACAACCGCCCGAGGAGAUAUUGUGUAGCGACAAUGACUGCUUCAGGAGGAGGUGGGGAGCCGGUGACCUCUUGAGAUUCUGCGGGAUCAGGCUCUGCGAUGCGCAAGAGACCAAGGGAAGAUUCAAUUGCUGGUUUUGCCCUGAGUGCGCGAACAAAGCUCGAGUUCUCCUCGAAGUUGGACCGACAAGUUCUUCGUCCUUCUCAUCCUCCCAUAAUGCAACGAUCAUUGUCCCAGGAGGACCUGGAAAUUCGGUUUCCGACCAUGGUGCAUGGCCUGAGGAUGCAGAAAUUCGGGAGCCAUUGCAGGCCCUCACCGGAAUUAUGCAACAGUACACAGGGACCACUACCAUGGCCCGCAACCAGUUGUCUCUGAUAAAUCCACAAACACCCAUUCUUGAUAUUCCGUGCAUCCGUGACGAGACUUUGCACUCAAAUGGGACGGCCAACAAUGCGAUAAACAUCCUACGCCAGCUACUGGAUGUCUCGGAGGGAGUUCUGAUCAAGCAGAAGGUAACAGAAGCAAAUCUACAAGAUACGACUUCCUCGGUUUGGAUCCGCAGCAUUCUUUCAUUCCUCGUCACCAAGUUCGUUUUCUACUCUGGUUCGCCAUUCGAGGAUGCCACGCUCUGGAACAAGAUCCUGACUACUUGUAAGCACUUCAAUGUUCUGAAUCAUGUCGGAGCAACCAUGAUUCCAUGCCUCGCUAACGCCUGCGAAGUCGGCCACACUUCCGAACAUGCAGAAAACAUCAUACAUGAGUACCGAAUCCGACUUAUGAAAGCAUUCGAGGCAUCCCCCGAGGAUCCUGAUAUACCGCCAGAAUUCCGAGAUCGCUUGUCCGAGCGACGCCGAGCUUUCGUCGCGUUGCUCAACGUCACCAUGCUGCCGCUUGUAGGUGGCAACACUGACGUCCAAGCACGCCAUAGGAAGAUGGCGAGCGUUGCCUCGGAGCUGAAUUUGAAAGUUUUCGCGUACAAAGGCACAUUCGAAGAAAUCAGACCGCAGAUGAACGAACAGUUCGAUCCCCAGCGCCACGCAGAGGAUACUCUAGAGCCCGGGUUUCUAGACUUGGCGGGACAGGCCAUUCUCAUGACCACGAUGAUGGGUGUCAGAUUCAGGCAUCCGGAGAAGGGUUGGAGGACGUGUUCUCCUGCGAAAGUAAAGGUAUGGUCGGUCAACGAUGCUUUGCGAGAUCCCUACGCGAGAGUUAGAUUGCCUGAUAUGGCUUGCGGAAAUUCUCCGAAGCAGAAGACUCGAAUCAUACCACAGAAGCGCCGUGUCGGGGAGGUGAGCUGAGCUUGAACAAUAACAUAGGAUGUCCACCGGUAGUACUCAAUUAUGAGCAGAUCAAGCAUUUCCUUCAAUCUCAGAAAUCGGUCAGUGUUUCAUUCGCACCCAGCGG